UACUACAAGUCGCCCCCUCCACCAUACUACAAACCCUCUCCAUCUUACUACAAAUCCCCUCCACCUCCACCAAAGUAUGUCGAGAAAUCACCAGCCUACUACAAGUCACCCCCUCCACCAUACUACAAGCCCUCUCCAUCUUACUACAAAUCCCCUCCACCUCCACCAAAGUACGUCGACAAAUCACCAACCUACUACAAGUCACCCCCUCCACCAUACUACAAGCCCUCUCCAUCUUACUACAAAUCCCCUCCCCCUCCACCAAAGUACGUCGACAAAUCACCAACCUACUACAAGUCACCCCCUCCACCAUACUACAAGCCCUCUCCAUCUUACUACAAAUCCCCUCCCCCUCCACCAAAGUACGUCGACAAAUCACCAACCUACUACAAGUCACCCCCUCCACCAUACUACAAGCCCUCUCCAUCUUACUACAAAUCCCCUCCCCCUCCACCAAAGUACGUCGACAAAUCACCAACCUACUACAAGUCACCCCCUCCACCAUACUACAAGCCCUCUCCAUCUUACUACAAAUCCCCUCCCCCUCCACCAAAGUACGUCGACAAAUCACCAACCUACUACAAGUCACCCCCUCCACCAUACUACAAGCCCUCUCCAUCUUACUACAAAUCCCCUCCCCCUCCACCAAAGUACGUCGACAAAUCACCAACCUACUACAAGUCACCCCCUCCACCAUACUACAAGCCCUCUCCAUCUUACUACAAAUCCCCUCCCCCUCCACCAAAGUACGUCGACAAAUCACCAACCUACUACAAGUCACCCCCUCCACCAUACUACAAGCCCUCUCCAUCUUACUACAAAUCCCCUCCCCCUCCACCAAAGUACGUCGACAAAUCACCAACCUACUACAAGUCACCCCCUCCACCAUACUACAAGCCCUCUCCAUCUUACUACAAAUCCCCUCCCCCUCCACCAAAGUACGUCGACAAAUCACCAACCUACUACAAGUCACCCCCUCCACCAUACUACAAGCCCUCUCCAUCUUACUACAAAUCCCCUCCCCCUCCACCAAAGUACGUCGACAAAUCACCAACCUACUACAAGUCACCCCCUCCACCAUACUACAAGCCCUCUCCAUCUUACUACAAAUCCCCUCCCCCUCCACCAAAGUACGUCGACAAAUCACCAACCUACUACAAGUCACCCCCUCCACCAUACUACAAGCCCUCUCCAUCUUACUACAAAUCCCCUCCCCCUCCACCAAAGUACGUCGACAAAUCACCAACCUACUACAAGUCACCCCCUCCACCAUACUACAAGCCCUCUCCAUCUUACUACAAAUCCCCUCCCCCUCCACCAAAGUACGUCGACAAAUCACCAACCUACUACAAGUCACCCCCUCCACCAUACUACAAGCCCUCUCCAUCUUACUACAAAUCCCCUCCCCCUCCACCAAAGUACGUCGACAAAUCACCAACCUACUACAAGUCACCCCCUCCACCAUACUACAAGCCCUCUCCAUCUUACUACAAAUCCCCUCCCCCUCCACCAAAGUACGUCGACAAAUCACCAACCUACUACAAGUCACCCCCUCCACCAUACUACAAGCCCUCUCCAUCUUACUACAAAUCCCCUCCCCCUCCACCAAAGUACGUCGACAAAUCACCAACCUACUACAAGUCACCCCCUCCACCAUACUACAAGCCCUCUCCAUCUUACUACAAAUCCCCUCCCCCUCCACCAAAGUACGUCGACAAAUCACCAACCUACUACAAGUCACCCCCUCCACCAUACUACAAGCCCUCUCCAUCUUACUACAAAUCCCCUCCCCCUCCACCAAAGUACGUCGACAAAUCACCAACCUACUACAAGUCACCCCCUCCACCAUACUACAAGCCCUCUCCAUCUUACUACAAAUCCCCUCCCCCUCCACCAAAGUACGUCGACAAAUCACCAACCUACUACAAGUCACCCCCUCCACCAUACUACAAGCCCUCUCCAUCUUACUACAAAUCCCCUCCCCCUCCACCAAAGUAUGUCGAGAAAUCACCAGCCUACUACAAGUCACCCCCUCCACCAUACUACAAGCCAUCUCCGUCUUACUACAAAUCCCCUCCACCUCCUUCAAAAUACAUUGAGAAGUCACCAGCCUAUUACAAGUCACCCCCUCCACCGUACUACAAGCCAUCUCCAUCUUACUAUAAUUCCCCUCCACCUCCACCAAAGUACGUCGACAAAUCACCAACCUACUACAAGUCACCCCCUCCACCAUACUACAAGUCGUCUCCGUCUUACUAUAAAUCCCCUCCACCUCCACCAAAGUACAUUGAGAAGUCACCAACCUACUACAAGUCACCCCCUCCACCGUACUACAAACCAUCUCCAUCUUAUUACAAAUCCUCUCCACCACCAUCAGAGUACAUCGAGAAGUCACCAAUCUACUACAAGUCACCUCCUCCAAAGUACAUCGAGAAGUCACCAGUCUACUAUAAGUCACCCCCUCCACCGUACUACAACUCGCCACCACCACCAGUUACAAACUACUACAAGCAAACACCCACGUAUGCCUCACCUCCUCCACCAGCAAAGUACCAAAAAACUCCCACCUAUAGUUCACCUCCACCCCCACCAACCUACUAUUGAUUUUAAAGUCACCUUGCCUCGAUAAUUUUCAUUAUUCCCUUGGCUUUUGACUUCUUUGCAAUCAUCUUUUUCGGAGCUUUUUCAUUUAUUUUUCUACUUCAGUGAUCUAAAUUAUAUGUAUUCUUGCAUAAAUCAUUAAUUUAUGAUUCGACUCAUUGUAUCAAAGAUCUUUUUUGAUGUAAUUUAUUGAGAAAUCUAUUUCUUCAAUAUUAUGUGUCAGAUUAGAGA